CACGCCCUUCAGCCUCACACCCAAAUAUCAUAUUUUCUCUGUUUUCUUUUAUUUAUUUUUCUGAAGGAGAAUGAAAGAAAACAACAAACCUCCCAACAAAAAUAGAAAGGAAAAUAACUGGAGGUGCCUCUUCGAUUUCCUUCUUCUUCUUCUUCUUCUUCUCUCUCUCUCUUUCUCUCUCUCUCUCUCAAAGUCACGAGAAGCAAUCUACAGUUCAUUCAAAUUUCUCUUCCCAUCUAUAAAAUUCUUCUGAUUUUGAAAAACAAACAUAUCUUUUUUUUUUAUUUUUUUCUUCCUUGCGUUCUUUUUAAGCUACACACCCUUUUCAUCCCAAACCCUUUUAAGCUUGAACACACUUCUCUUUUCCUCUGUAAUUCGCAACGCUUUCUCUAACACGUUUCUCUUUCUUAUUUCAUUCUUUUGAGAACUUGCAAACCGUUGGAAUUUCAUUUUCAUUUUCUGAUAUUCUUGUGUUCUUUUCAACAUUUGGUCAACCCACCAGCUGAAACUCGGGCUUUCUUUCUGUUCUCCAACCCUCGUUUCUCUGUGUCAAGGGCUUUUCGUUUCCAUUGAUUGCCCAUAAUUUUGUUCCUGAUUCUUGCUCCAUAUUGUUGCAGUGCCCAUAAUUUCAACUGGGUUUGUCUUCCUUUUCAUUUUUAGCCAUUGAUUAAUCUCUGCGGUCUACCCUAUGCUGCCUCAGCAGAAAAACCCAGCUGGGGUUUCCCAAUCUAUGCAUCAGCAAACAACUUCAAAUAACAAUCUUGAGGAACCAGAUAAAAGACCCUUCUCUAUAAGACAGUAUGUUCUUGCUUGUCGUCAGAAAGAUGUCUUUUCUAACUGGCCAUUUCCAGAAAAAUACUUGCAAAUUUGUCUCAAUUACGGUAUUAGUGAUGUGUUGCCGCCCCUUGAAUCCCAUAAUUCAGCCAUCCAAUCACUCAGAGGAGCUGUAGGUUUUAAUUGUACUCAACAAGAUGAUGAGAAUGUUGAUUACUCCGAAGACAAAGAACCAGAUACCAUUGAGCAGGGGAUUGAAGAUGAGUGUAAAUUAUACUCUGACUCUGAGGAAGCAGUAUCGGCACUUUCAAUCCAACAUUGCCAUUUAUCUCCUUCAGAUAGCAGUCAUAAGCAUGAAGAAAACAAGACUGGCUUCAGUCCCCACGAUGCUUCCAAUAUUGUGGUUUCAACAGAUCAACCUUCAACACCUUCAACUACAAUACCAAGUUCACACCUUAAUGUUAUUCAGUGUAAUAAAACAUUGACGUCUUCUAUGAAGCCGAGGCGUAUGAAAAAACAACACAAGGGUAAGCAUAAGAAGCGGUCAAUGGCAAGUAUUUUAUCUGUAGCCAAGCCUUGUACAUCAGAGGAUCUCCUUAGAAUUAAAAGAUUGUGCUGUGUUUCGAGCGCACCUCUUGAGCAGGGGGGUGAAGGAAUUGAGAAUAUGAUCGAUGUUAGGCAUGAUUGCAAUUCUGAUCUAACCAAGGAUUUCUCGAGUGAAAAGCUUGAAAGAGAUGAUAGUGAAGAAGCCAAGCUCAGUAUGCUGUCCAGACAAAAAAUUGUUGUGAAGUUCAAGUUUAGCUGUGGCAAAUCCGAUGUCUGAAGCAAAAAUUAAUUAAACUUGCAGAUUAUAUAUGAGGUCGCUAUGUAAGAAGUUGAGGAUUUUGUCGGAUGCAGUAUAAAUUCUUGAAUCUCAUGGUAUAGUCUAUGCAAAAAUUCCAGCGCUAGGAGCUCCCAGUUGGUUUGGCAUUAUUCACUCAAUGUGGAAUGAAGAGAGGGUUGUUCAAGAUAUGAAGGUCAUGAGGGACAGUAGGGAUGCAUCCGGAAACCAUACCCAAGCUAAGGAAGCGCAUAUGGUCUCAUAUCAUGCUCAACAUAUUGCUACGUGAUGUCAACUCAUUCAUUGUAGAAUUUUGUAGAGCCACCAUGAUUUCUAUGUGCGUUUGGCUGAAAUUGUCUUUCAUUUUGAAGCUCUCUCUGCUGAGUACAAUGAUGGGUACUUGGAAAGAGGUCAGCUUCAUGGGCUAUCUGGUACAGUCACAAUCUUGGGAUGCAUGGGAUUGAGAUCCCUGAGUUGCAUUGUGUUUUAACAUGUCAUUAUCUUUGCUUGAUGAAUACGAGGAGUGAAUGCACUUUUGGUGAUGCCUCAAAGACCCAAAAACAUGAUCGUUUGAAAUGUCCUCCUGUGGCUCAACCAAAACUCAGUGUAGAUGGUUCUUCAAAACCAGAUUUGAGGUGCUACUGUUGGGAAUGACAAAGGCGAAGUGAUGGUCGUGACGAUAACCCUUUGGGCGGCAUUUCCAGAAUGAGAUUCUGGCAAUUUCAUGUGAGUUGAAGCUUGAACUGGAUUCGGUGUUCUGUUCGAUUAUAGUAGAGCCCACAUCUGAAAUUUGAGGAUGAUGCAUACGUAGCUAAUGCCAGCAUAGAGCUACUGUCUUAGUUUCUUUUCUUUUCUUUUCUUGUGACUAUAUUCCUAGAGGUUGUAAUAGGGUUGCUUAAUCUGUCACCUUACUCCUUGGCUCUAAGUUUCUUUACAAUCAGAUAUUGAUGUACCCAUUUCAUAUUAUUAAUUGACAUUGAGAAUCUUUGGAGAUU